UCAGUUGAACGCAACAAGUGAUUUAGCAAAUUCAUGAUCAAGAAUAAAGUUGCGUUCAGGAGUUCAAACUAUUUGCUUUGCAGCAAUUGAACGUGAUUGGUCCUUACUUUUAGAACCGUUCAAUCAAUGUUAAGUGUUGACAAGACGAUGACACUUGUGCUGAACGGCCAAUAUAUGGCAUAUGAACUACCUGUUUGAGUUAAAAAAUUUGCGCUUGAUCUAGAAUUGACGGUCUCAAGAUUAGUAGUGAUUACUGUGUAAUGUGUGGUUAGAUCUUUUAUUAUAUCAUAGCUGUGUUAAAUAUAUAAAGUAAUCGCUACCUUAUAAAGAAUUACAUUAAAAAUUUCAGUUACAAAUUAAGAAAUUAUAAAUUAUUUAUCUUUUUGUUCAAACCGAAUUGGUAAGAAGAAUACUGUCUCUUCAAAAAUAUUAAAAUUCGAAUUUCUCAUUAUUGUGAAGAUCUAUUGUUCGAUCAAUUUCAGCACUGACUUUUGCUUUCAUUUUUACAUCAAAUAAGUUCAGUUUGACAAGUUAUUUCCUGUAAUCAUGAAUCAGAGAUUUAGUAAAUAUACCGAAGACGCUGUUCCCUUCACUUCAAGCUCAAGAACCGAAGAGAUUAAGAAACAAAGAGAAAAACGAAAGAGAAGAGAAGAGUGGAGACGUCAGCAAGAGUUAGCAAUAGAACAUGAGAGACUAAAAAAACAAAAAAUUAUGGAAUGGGAAAGAAAAAGGCAGAAAGAGCUAGGUAAAAGAAGCUCUAGUUACUCUCCUCUUCGUCAUCGUACAGGAAGAUCUUCACUAAGUCAAUAUUUAACCACUUCCAAAGAAAUAUCAAAUGAAAAAUUUUGGUUCAGUACUUCAGAAGGUCAAGCUAUUAGCUUUGAAGAAUUACGUCGUAUUAAAGUUACUAUUCGCAGAAAUAUUCCUGUGAUUGGACCUAUAUAUGAAAUACAACGAGACAUACAUACUCCUGACGAUGUGGUUAUUUUAAGAAGAAAUGGAGAAGGAUCUAAACCGAUAUUUGAUAGAGCUGAAAUAAAAUUACUGAGAGCAAUUAAAAGAGAAAAUAAGAAGCAUCGUACAGAUUCUGAAACAAAUAAAAUGCAAACUUCAAGAAAACGGUCUCUAUCACCGAGCUCGAGUAACAGAUAUGAUAGACGUGAGAAAUCAUACAAAUAUUCUCGUAAGAGUAAAGAUACAGAAAGGGACAGAGACAGAAACAGAAAACAAAGAGAAGAACAGAGAUCAAACAAAAACGAAGCAGAUUCUUUCCAGCCUUAUAAUUUUUGCUUUCCGAUCUCUAUGUUUCCACCAAGAAGAUUUGGACCAUUUGCUCUUGUAAAAAGAUAUCCUCAUCCAGCAGGACCAAUCAGAUCACCAUAUCCUGAUCCGACUACGUAGAUAUAAGAUAUAAGAAUUUCUCGGGAACAUGCAAACAAAACACGACACAAGUUUUGCACCAAUAAUAUAUGUAUUUAUUUACAAUUUUUAAGUGCAUAUAACACGUAAAUACGACAAAUAGAUUUAAACAAUAUAUAUGUAUGUUUAUGACAUAUAAAUGGAAAAAAAAUAAAAUUCGUAACGCGCACGUAUGUGUAUUUUACCUUAACCUAAGAAAAAAAAAAUAAGAAAGCUCUUAUUAUAAGAUGUUUUAGUGACCUCUCAUUUGUAACUAGCAAAUAUAAUACGUAGAAAUAAAUAUUCAGUAGUUAAUUCGUUAAUGCUUGUUCUUUUAUUCUGUAACUUAGGACAAUUUUGUUGUCAUUAACGCAGCAACGUAUCGUCUCACAGUUAAUGAUAGUUUUGUAAUAAUUUUGUAAUAGUUUAUCUACGCAAAGAUUCGUAACGUGCAAUAUGCUUAUAACGCGUGUGUUACAGAAUACAGAAACAGAGUUUAUGAAUUUUUGAUUUUAUUUGCAUCUUUAUCCUGCAGUUUGCAUUAGCUCCCUGAAUAUUUAUUUCUACGUAUUGAAAGCUCUUAUUAUUAUAUUAUAGAAUAUGAAACAAUAGUCUAGUCAAAAGAAACUUAUAUAUGAAUAUUUUUUUUUUUUAUAGAUAGGUGAUGCAGUCUUUAAAUUUGGCGAAAACUGCGCCGUGUCCCUUUUGUUGUAUUGAAUGUUUAUUUUAUUUAUGCAUGCAAAAAAUCAAGAUGUAGUGUCCACAAUAUAUCAAUUUCUCUUCCAUAUAAAUGUUCCCUGUUUUUAGAAGGCUAUUAUUACAUCAAUAUAACAAGUGUACGCAUAUUUAUUUCAAAUAAUAGUUUUUUAAACAAAAAUAUCACACAAAAAGUUCAAUUAACGAAUAUACAGAUGAGAGAAGAAUAAAUUUACUUUCUGUUUCUCUUGUAGAAUAAUUUUACAUAAAAUAAUCUUACAAAAAAUGAUUGCAAGUGCGAGAAACAUUCUGCAACAAAGCAUUCUCUCUCCUAAAAACACAGUUAUUUUAUUUAAAAUCAAUUUAUAUAUACGUAUAUAAGUAUCGUGGCUACGUUGAGAAAAUACUAAAUAUACACUUCCAACGUUUUUUUAAAGAAUACAGCGAACGCUAGAUCCAUGAAUCAGACGUAAACAUUCUUUACUCAAUGGUCACACAAAUGGUCAUACAAAUAACUGUUAUAUAUAUUCUCUUUCUUUCAUUAAUGCAAAUCCCGUUUACAAUCAUUGUCUCGGAUAUAAAACUUUGCUUUGAAGUUAGAACAAUCGAAUAUAUCAGUGCACGCAUCAGAAUGCCCAGAGAAGGGUUAAAAAUCGUUCUCCCGUUUGGUUUGUUACAAUCUCACUUAACGAGUUUUACUUGAAAUUCUCCAUGAAUUUCCCAACAUAGUGCUCCUCACGAUUGACAAGAAAAAAAAAAAAAAAAAAAAAA